AUGCCUCUCUUUCCCUCGGUCUACGCUGAGAGUAUGGAGGAGCGUGUCACGCAGUGGACACCACAGGGCCAUGUCAGUCGGACAAAGGACACGCUGGCAGACGACGAGCUAUUGGCGAAGCUAUCUGUGGCUGUCGAUGAAGAGGAUGAAGAGGUCUCGCGCAUCGUGCCUGGAUCCACUCCAAGCACUGCUACAUCCACCCCAACGCCCCCAUAUCACAGUGCCGGACCGAAGCAGCGUGCGAAGUCAAGCAUGACCAUGGCACCGACUGCUGAAGAAACAGCUCCAGACGACCAUCCCACCCGCCCAGAUUCGGUAAGUGGUGUUGCGAGCGCACGCGGGCCAGGUGCCGUCUCCGUGCGCUGGCGCAUGGCCACUGACAAUCAGCGUCCUGCCUCGUCUGCGUACUCGGCCCGAGCGCCACGAAAAGGCAAUGGCAAGAACGCUUUGCCGCCGAUGAGCUCUGCUUCGCCAAAGAGUGAAGCGCGUCCGACACAUUCAAGCACACAAGACAUGCCCACACAGUCCACGGUCUCCAAGUCAUCCCAGGCAUCUCCUGUGGUUCAGCCGUCGAAAAGACGGCUCCAGCAACAGCCCUCCCAACAGUCAAACAGCAGCGCUUCCUUCUCGGAGGGCCAGCGCAAGAAGCCACAGCAUCUGCCCCAGGACCCCGCCUUGCAAGCAGUGGCACGAAAGCUGAACAAAGCCUUGGUCGCCCAUGCUCAGAAGCGACAGUCGGAUGGGCCACCAAGCUGGGCACGAUUCUUUAUGGAGGCUGACACGGAUGGGAGUGGCAUGAUCUCCUUUGAAGAGUUGGACAUCGCGGCCUCGGAGCUAAGUGUGGGAUUUGGCACCGAGGACAUGAUCGCACCGUAA